AUCGAGCACAUCUCACAUGACAUCAUCUUUCCGCGACGGCAUGUAGACAACUUGCAGCAUUGAUCUUGGGGACAUGACUUUUCUCUUUUCUGCGUGAUUGAUUCUAAUUUGGGAAGUUUAUUUUGUACGUUGAAAUCGUAGAACUCUGAAGUGUCAUUAUGAUUGCGGUUUCAAGAUUUGCUGUCAGAUGUCAUAGCAACGUGUGCAGAUAUGUGGCCAGGACAUUGGCAACACAAACUGAUGGCGAAGUAAGAAUUGCAAGUGUAUUAAAAGAUAAAUUUCCUCAAGCCACGUCUCUAAGGGUGGUAGAUAUAUCCGGUGGCUGCGGAGCUAUGUAUGAAAUACAUAUAGAAUCUGAUGAAUUUAAAGGUAAAAGAACAGUACAGCAACACCAGCUCGUGAAUCAGGCACUAAAGGAUGAGAUCCAAGCCAUGCAUGGUCUUCGAAUAUUCACUGGUGUCCCGGGAAAGUAGAAAGCAGUUUGUUAUUUUGAACUCCAAAAUAUGUUUUUGAUUGAGAAUUCCAGAGAGUAUCAAAAGCAAAUAUUUAUGAUUCGCCUCACAGUGUUGCUUCCUGUCCUAUUUUUUUUUUUUUUUUUUUUUAAGACUCGGUAGUUUUUCUGUUUAUUCAUGCCUGAAAAAAUAGAAACAUUCAAAUAAAUAAUUUAUUUCAUUUUAUGUAAACUGAAUGGAGAAGUCAAAUCUGAACAGUUACGUGUACAAAACUCCUUAGAAUCAUUCAAUCUAUUAAUAGCUGGAAAAGGGACUGAAUUUGACUGUACAGCAUUCAUCAUUAUGUCUCAGGCAUUCAUUUUCCCUCCAUUACUGUCCCUCUGUAGUGUGAGAUACAGUGAACUAUUUAUGGAAUGAAAGUGACCUUAGAUGCUACUAUACGCACAAGCUCUAUGUUAAGAAUCCAUGCUGUUACAGUUACCAAAGAUGAAAAAGGCCAUUCCACGUCGUUUCAGCUACCAGCAUUCAGCACACCAUCUCAGAAUUGGCUGAUAUUUUUCUGUUCUUGAACACUCUGACAUGACCAAUCCUAAAAUGUUAAGCUCUUCUGUCAUGUCAGCGGGUGUUCUUCAAAGACAAAAAAUAUCAGGCAAUUCUGAAAUGGUGGGAUGUAAAGAUGUUCCCAAUUUGACUGAAAUGACCUGGAAUGACCCAGAAGGUGUUAUUCACAAGUCCGUCUAUAUUGGCCUUUCCCUGAGGUCAUACAAAAUCUUAUGCUCUGCAGCACUUGUUUAGAUCAAUGACUUGUUGAACAGUUAAUUCACCUAUAACAAACAGUAGUAGCUACAAAGAUUGUAUAUUGUUAUUAAUAACGUGUACAUGUUGAGAGUAAAGUUGUAUAUUGCGUCAAAAUAUAUCUUAUUCUUA